AUGCAGGGCGCGAUUCCCACGCGGAGACCGAAGUCUUGGCGUCGCCCGGGAAGCACCGCCACCGCCGGGCGCUGCGGGGAGACAACACCCCGCGAUGCCCCGUACGGGGCCGGGCUCGGCGCUGCUCUGCCCGACGCGGUCGGCGGACCCUACUCGGCCGGGCCGGUCACCAUCGCGGCAGCAACAAGUGCCGGGCUCCCUUCUCGGGACGGGCGGCGGCGGAGCCGGAGGAGGGGUCACGGCUCCGCUGGGCGGGGGCAGCUACUGCGCGCCGGGCAGCGGGGAGCGGUCACGUCCCGCCCCGCAGGACGGGAAGGAUGCAGGGAGGGGCGGGGGCUGCCCCGCUCCAGGCUCCCGGCCGGUGUCCUCUCGGAGCGGCGUCCCGGCGCGGCACAGCGGCGGAAAAUGACGCUUCGCUGCCGGCCUCUCUCCCACUCGCUCGCUCCCUCGCCCUGUCGCGGAGCGGGGCCCGGGCGGCUCCGCUUCCUGCGGGGCGGCCCGGCGGCACCUCCGCCCCCUCCGCCCUCGCUCCCGCCCGCCGCCGGCGCGUGCGCGCGCCCCGCGCUCCCGCCCCUCUUCCCGCGCUCCCGGAACCGCCUCGCGCCCCUCGCGCCCCUCCCGCCGCUCCGCCACCGGCGCACGCGCAGCAGCGCGCGCCCCCGCCGCUCCCCCUUUUCCCCGGCGCGUGCGCACGCGCCGCACCGGCAGCACGCGCGCGGCCCUCCCUCGCCAACGGCUCGGGCCCGGCACUGGCGGCGGGAAGAGGCGGGGCUUGCUCUGCCCACGUGA